AUGGAAAAGGAAGAGUCCCGCAAGGGAGUCACUGUAUACUGUGUUAUUUUAUCUAUUAGUGGGUUCUUCUUAGGAUGGGAUGUUGGCACUGCUGGUUAUUUAAUUAACGAAAGAUUUCAGCAAGUGUACCGAGCCAAUACCCUAAUGAUGGGUCUUGUUAUUCUGAGUUUUAACCUUGGUUGUUUGAUUGGAUGCAUUGGGGUUUGUCAAGUUUGUACCUGGGCAAUUGGAUAUAAUGGGACUUUUCGAGUUGGCAGUUUAAUCUAUAUAAUCGGAAGUGUGAUUCAAUUGGUGAUUUUCAUUAUUUCUGGGAAUCAAUAUAUAUUUAUUUUGGGAAGAUUAAGUUGUGGAAUAUGCUGUGGGAUGUUAUGUUUAUUGGGACCCAUUUACAUGAGCCAUUUAAUUAUUGACUCCGCUAAAAAAGGGUACUAUUUAUCGUUUUGUCAAAUUGUGGUUUGCCUAUCGAUAUUAGCUGGGAAUAUCGCUAAUUAUACCACUUACCCAGUAAUUUACGGGAUUCAAAUCGGCAUGGCUGUUAUCAUCAAUGGGUUAUUAUUUUUUGUACCUGAAUCCCCCCAAUAUUAUUUGCAACAUAAAAAAUAUUUUGCAAUUAAACAAAUUUUCACCAAAUUAACUAAUGACGAAAAUAAAGCGAUGGAAUUUAUCAAACAGGAGAGUAUGAAGAAACUAGUUGAUAAAUUUGAAAUGGGCCGCAUGUGGAAAUGCUGUUUAAUUAUGAUUUUCCAACAAUUGACGGGAAUCAAUUAUUUUUUCUAUUUUGGUGGAAUUAUAUCCCAAUCUUUUCUACAAACUCCAUCACGGAUCCCGAUGAUUAUCAUGAGUGUGAUCAACUUGAUUGGAUCGGUUGUGGGCACCCGGUUGAUUUCCAAGUAUAAUCCAAUCACAAUUUUAAAGUUGAGUUCCAUGGUGAUGAUUAUGCUUUUAAUUAGUUAUCUGAUUUUGGGUGAGUUUAUAGAAACUCAUCCAGUUAUUGGAAUUUCCCUAUUAAUAACCAGUUGUUUAUACAUUUUUUUAUUUGCCAUUAGUUGGGGUCCGUGCAGUGGAGUACUAAAUAACGAAAUUAGUCAAGAUAAUCAACGAAUUAUGGGAUUAUCCAUUGGAACUAAUUGGUUUACUAAUUUUUUAAUUGGAACUAUAAGUCCAACAUUAAUUGAAAAAUUAUCUUUUAAUUACGGAAUAAUUUUUGCAAUAUUUAUAUCAAUACUGAUUUUUUUCAUAAGAAAAAUCUCUUAA